AUGACUACUUCAGAAUCCUCCUGCGAAGCGCCUCUGUCAACGCUAGACCCUGGCGCAAGAAUUCUGCGAUACAAGAUCUUCAAAGCGAGAAAUCUACCGAACUCUGAUAUAUGUUUCAUCCAAGGUCAAUUCGAAGUUCAUGCCAAUAGGAUUCAUGAAUUCUCAGAAAAUAAGAUUGCGCCUGCACUAGAACGACAUCCAUCAUUGCCACGAUACUAUCACGUGAAACGCUACAGCAUUCAGCUGGUCAACGAAAAUGGUGAGCUGAUCAAGGAGAGACCAACUGCAGAAGAUAUCAAAGGGAUGUGGGCAUUGAAUGAGAUUCCACUAUUGACAGCACGCGUUGAUUUCAAGCGUGACGGAAUACACAUCAAACCAAGCGAAAGAGACAAUUGCGAGGAGGAAGCGGAUUCAGUGAUCUACAACGCUUAUCUUACCGCAGAUCCAGAGAGCGAGAUCGUAGAGAGGUUGAAUCUUGAAGCUUCGGACAAUAAUCAUGAGAUGUUGAAUAGAGUUACUGCAAAGGAAGGCUCUCAGCAAGGACCACCUAACCCAAGAGAGCUCAUUCAACAGCUUGUCGGGCGCCUCGAGAAUAUCUAUCGUUCGAUCCAACAGGAAGAGGAGUCCAAGGAUCCAAGGGAACGCAGAAAGACGGGAGCAAUCUACAUGCUCGUGCGUGAUCUGUUGCAAAAGGUUGAGACAGAGGCGGUUGAUAUACAUGUUUGA